AUGAGUGAUCGUCGUUGCUUUGAGUUUCUUGAUAAAUCACUAAAAGAUGUCCUUGAAGAUGAUAACCAUCUUUUUGGUGGGAUGUCAAUGCUCUUAGGAGGUGACUUUCGACAAACUCUUCCUGUUCAACCUAAAAGCAGAAAAUCACAAAUAAUUGGCCUAACCCUACCCAAUUCCUAUCUAUGGUCACAUUUUACGGUAUUCAAAUUGCAUCAUAAUAUGCGUUUAUCACAACCAGUCAAUCCAAAUAUGGAUGUUAAUCAAAUAUCACAGUUUGCUUCGUGGCUUCUCGAUAUUGGAAAUGGAAAUAUCGGAACACCAGAAAAGAAUGAUCUAGAAAGCACAAACGUUAUACAAAUACCUCAUUGUUUCCUUAUCGAAUCAGGAGACAACGAAUUAGAAUCACUAAUACAUUUUGUAUAUGGCAAAGAUAUAAUUUCCAAUCCAUCACCUGAAGAGUUAUCUGUUAGAGCCAUUAUUUGUCCAAAAAAUGAAACAACUGAUCAAGUCAAUGCUUUAAUUCUUUCAAAAACUAAUAGUCAAGGGAUAGUAUACAACAACUGUGAUUCUAUUAAGUCACAAACUCAUGAUAGCUUAGAAUUAGAUACCUUAUAUCCCCAAGAUUAUUUAAACAAUCUGCACUUUUCUGGUAUUCCUUCACAUACAUUAAAUUUGAAAGUUAAUACCCCAGUUAUGCUAAUGAGGAAUAUCAAUCAACGAGAAGGUCUUUGUAAUGGAACACGUUUGAUUGUUACACAAUUAUUACCAUCUGUGAUUGAAGCUUCCAUAAUAACAGGAAUAUCUAUUGGGAAAAGGGUGUACAUUCCAAGAAUAAAAUUUGUACAUAAUACCUCUGACCUACCUUUUAUAUUUAUCAGAAAACAAUUUCCUCUUAAAGUGUGUUAUGCAAUGACUAUAAACAAAAGUCAAGGCCAAUCUCUUAAAAAGCAAGAGUUAAUAUGCAAGAGAGCAAUCUCCUCAAAUAUGGAUAGAAUAUCAAACCUCCACUUUGGCUCACCAGGAAAUUCACUUGAAGUCCGUGUCUUACGAAAAUGGACACUACAAUUCAGAAAGGAUGAGACAUGGUUUAUCGUGAUUGAUGAGCAUGGAGAUACAAUUCAGCUACUUGCUCGAAAGACAAAUCAAGGAUCGAUACAAACUUCAUUAUUAGUCACUCGAUGUUAUCGUAUUAAGGACUAUACAUGCACUGAGCCAGACAAAUAUCAGAAGGUCUUAGAUCACCCAGUACACAUGAAUAUUGGUGAAGCAUCAACAAUUGAGGAAAUACCAAAUCGCAAUACACUUCCACUAACAUGGUUCCGCUUUAGUCCAAGAUCACACUUUCAAAUGAUAGCAGACAAAAACUUAGAGCAUCCAGAUUUCAUAGGGGUACUCAUCAACAUGAAAGAUCGAAAAAAAAAAGACAAGGAACCAUUCAUGCUUAUGACUUUAACAGAUGAAAAUGCGGAGGAGAUUACCAUACUCUUAUGGAAGGAAUGCAUAGAUUCGCCAGACAAAUUCAAUCGAAAUGCCCUUACAUCAAACUCUAACACAGUGGUACUCGCUUUCACCAAUCUCAAAUCCACUAUGUACAAUUGUAAGACAAUUAACAUUGACAAGCAGCAGCGCAACACACAUGUACGUCAAUCCCAAUUUACCAGAAACGGACACACUCAUUACAAGAUUUGGUACCCAAUUUCACUCAAAAUCAUCACCAAAUGUGAUAAAUACUACAUUACAACGAUUAAAGAGCUCAAAUUUCUCUCAAAUAAUGGACAAUGUAUAUGUUAUAAAGACCAUACUAUCUGA